CAACUUUCUGCAGUGAAUUCAGCUGAGGCAAAUGCUCCACAGCAUCACCUGGAACUAUGAUUUGCAGUGUAUCUGGAAGUGCCUUGCUUCUUCUCCUCUCCUCUGGUCACAAAGCUACUGCAAUAACUCCAAGGCUUGCUAGAGAUUAACAGAAGCCAAUCAGAACGUGAACCCACCACUUGACACCUGAAGGAUGGAUGGCUCAAAAGAGAAGAUCAUCCUGAAUGUUGGAGGAAUCAGACAUGAGACGUACUGCAGCACCCUCCGGACCUUCCCAGGGACCAAGCUCUGCAGCCUCACAGAGCCCAAUGCCAGCACACUAUAUGAUUAUAACCCUACCACCAAAGAAUUCUUCUUUGACAGGAGUGCUCAGCUCUUUGGCUAUGUGUUGAGCUAUUACAGGACCAAACACCUCCAUUGUCCUGUAGACACCUGCAGAUCAGUCUUAGAGGAAGAGCUGGCUUUCUGGGAGAUAAGUGAUGCACAGCUGGCACCCUGCUGUUGGCUGAAGCUGACCAACAAAGACAGCCAGCCGGAGGAAUUUAAUGUUUGGGAUGAGAACGAACAUGCUGAUGACCAGUGCCUCAUAGUCCAGGUGGAAAGAAGGGAUUUCAGCUGGAGGGCCAGGUGGCAGCCAAAGAUCUGGUCUAUCUUUGAAAAGCCCUUUUCCUCUUUAAGUGCCAAGUGCCUGGCUAUUAUUUCUCUGCUGUUCAUCAUUGGAAUCGUCAUUAUAUUCUGUGAGGAGACUAAGGCACAGUACGAGUACUCUGCUGCUAACUUGACCAUUUUCGGCCAUUCCAACGUAAUUCACAGCAUCCAUGAGCCUUAUUAUCACCAGGCCCCUUACCUGCUCCACCUGGAGCUGUUCUGUGUCCUCUGGUUCACCUUUGAGUUUUCCAUGCGAUUUUUCUUCUGUCCAGACAAAAAGAAAUUCCUCAGGAAUCCUCUGAAUGUGGCUGAUUUCCUCUCCCUCUUCCCAGUUUACAUUGAACUCUUCACCGCCGAGCAGAUUCAGAAAAUGCCUAGCCUAGCGCUUUGGCUGGGUUUUGUCCGCGUAGUCUACCUCCUCAAACUCCUGAAGAUAUUCAAGCUAAUAGAGACCCCUCUGAUCCUGAGAGUCCUGUCCUACACGCUCAAGUCCAUCAUCCGAGAGAUCUGCUUCCUGCUGAUGAUCCUGGCCUUUGAAACCCUCUUCUUUGGUUCUCUCUUUUUCUAUAGCGAGUUGCUGGGUAUUCAUUCUUCUUACCGGGCAGAUUUGCACUUCACAGACAUUAACAUUUGCUUCUGGUGGGCUCUGAUCACGCUAACCACUGUGGGCUAUGGCGACAUCAUCCCUCUCACCAUCUUUGGCCAGGUGAUGGCAGCCUUUGCUGCAAUAUUUGGCAUGUUAACCAUUAUCAUUCCAAUCCCCAUUUUCCUGGUCAAGUUUAAGGGCUAUUAUGCCACUGCCAUAACCAAACAAAAGCUGAAAAUGAGCAAAAAGCAAUAAUGUGAUUGAGUUCAGAUCAUUGCUGCCUUGGGGCACUUCAGAAUUAAUUCCAGUGUGGUUUGUUUCCACCACUUUGUGGGAAGAGCAACUCCUAUGAAAAGUCCUUGCCACAUUCAUUAAGACUGCCUCCUUGCUCCUUUGGUAUAUUUCAGAUCAAUGUCAGGUACCCAGAUCUGAGUUAUAGCUUUCUAUUUUAGUGGCUAAUGCUCUUUAUGGCCUAUCCCUAUAUCAAACAGCACUACACUGACACUCAGCGUGACCCAACUAGCACUGAAAUCUCACCUAUCCCUUGUCAGAACAAGAUGAGAAAAUUCACUUUGGACAGUUUCAUCAACACACAAGAUGUUUUUUUUUUUUUUCCCCACCAGCAGGAAAAAACAAUGCUGUUCACUGUGCAAAGCUAUGAUAAGUGAUUCCCAGAGAAGGCAGGGAUGAAGGGCUGCACUGAAGUAUAAACCAAGAAUCUGCAACGUGCUGAAUGCUCUCAACCCCAGUGAUGCCAGUUCAAGGUGGGGCCUAACUAGGGUGACCAGACAGCAAAUGUAAAAAAUCGGGACAGAGGGUGGGGAGUAAUAGGAGCCUAUAUAAGAAAAAGAUCCCCAAAUCGGGACAUCUGGUCACCCUAGGCCUAACAGAAAAAUGUAUGAGGUGCACACCCUGGCAACAGCCUUCUGCACACUCUCUGGGCCUGAUAAUCAGCUGGUGUAAAUCAGUGCAGCUCCACUGACUUUAAAGAAGCUGUGCUGAUUUACCCUGUCUGAGGAUAUGGGUCUGUGUGCCUCACAGGGACAAUCACACCUCCAUUUUCAUAGAUGCCCUCUUUAUGGAGAGAAAUGUGUAGCUAUAAUCUAAGGGUCAGAUCUCGUCCCUAGCAUCUGCUCCCAGAGGGGGAUCUUCCACAUGUGAGAUCUCACCGUGCAUGGAAUGGGGAGAAUCAGCUAUCUCAAUGGCACUGGACCCCACCAAGAGGCUUUUACUGAAUCCUGGUGUUGGGAAGGGGGUGAAGACUGCGUGGACAGUGAGGCAGCCUGCAUUAGGCUGUGGCAGGCUGGGAGGAGAAGAGACAUGAAGGGAUGCACAGUAUCUUCCCAUCAGCCCUGUUACCGGUGGUGGGGAACCUUCCACCUUUAAGAAAGGACCUCGGACAGCAUCAACUAGAGGAAGUCCUUAUAGUACUUUUUCGCUGGAGUCCAUUGACACAGGAUCUGUGUGUGGAAACGCAGAUGGCAGGGAAUCCAUAAAAUUGGAUGCUGACACACAGCUCCUUCUAGGCAGGGUCAAAUUCCCCCAUGGAACAACACCUUCCCCCCAUGAGUUUGACUGGGCGGGGAGCAAUCUGGCCCUAAGAAAUUCUGCCCUGUCUUCUUAUAUUUUAUUAAAGAAGCAAAGGAUGUAGUAUAUUUUGUCUGAUUUGCCUGCACAUAGAGGCCAGUGUGAACUAGUGAACAGAUCUAAAAUCUGCAGUUCUUAUAGUCAAUAUUUUUAGUGAUUUUUUUUUUUUCCCUUGAAAAAUUCACUUGGCCUGAUGCUGAGCCUCCCACACCCCAUUGCCAAUCUGGAGUAAAUGCUCUGAAGUGAGGGAGUUACAUUAGUGGGGUAGGAAAAAAAACAGUGGGAGAUCAGAAUCAGGCCCAAUAAGUUGGUGAUGCAUUCAGUGUGCGAUAAGGGAGCCCUUCAAUGGCAAUUCCCUUGGACUGCAGCCAGAGGCUGCAUAUCCUCGUGGAAAGAUUUCACGAUUUAACUAAAUUUAAGAUUGAACUAAACAGCACUUUUCUUUCAAGAAACAAAACAUAAACAAAACAGUAUUAAAUAUAAUGUUCAUUACAUUUUAUCUGCCUAUAGAUAUUGUUAUAAACUAGAAAGAUUAAAUUUAUAAUUUUGUAAUCUUUAUAUCCCAUCUAUUCUUAAUUUUUUUCCUUAUAAUAUCCAAUACUGUAUGCUUCUGUUGAGAAAGAAACAAUAUCAGAUGCUGUGGCUAUUUCAACAAAGAUGGGCAAAAGUUAUGUUGCUUAGUGGAAGAAAAACAUGUCUUUUAUACUAUUACAUCUAUGAAUUUAAAUCCUAUUAAGACUGUACCUUUAUUAAAAUUUCUAUUAAUGUAUGUCCAUCGGUGUGAUUAUGUUGCAACGGGCA